UAUAUGUGUAUAUAUAUUCUUACAGUUAACUUGCACAUAUAUCAUCUUCUUUCUCGUAUUUCAAUUAAAGUUGAAGCCAAAUACGUACAGAAGGGUUCUUUGUUCUUCAGCAUGAGAGCCAAAGAGAACGGUCAAAGCAGGUUCCUGCGCUUGAUAACACUGCCCAUUAGGGCCCUGGGCAAAGCGAGGGACUUCUACGUCCGAAGCAUGACCGAUUAUGCCGGAAAGCUGACACAUGGAAACUACGCCUCCGGCCCUACUGCCGGCCAACUCUCCUCCUUGCCGAAGAGCUUCAGCGUUAGCUCUUCGAGGUCGAACGAGAACGACGACUUCAGAGAGCUGAUCAGAGCCGCCUCCACCAGGAGUACUUUGGGCAAUAGGGUCGACGUCAACGACAUGGAGUUGUACAUGCAGCAGCACGGCCAAGUGAGGCGGCCGGCGGCGGACGCCGUACCCAGGAGCCGCAGCGUCGCGAUGGGAAGGAUUGACGAAGAGAAAUCUUGCGACUUUGGUGAAGAGAGCCUUGGUGUUGCUGGUAGAGCCGAGUUGAUUUUCCCUAGAAGUCGAAGCCAUGCCGUGGCAAAGAGGAAUACCGUGUUCUGAAUCUUCAGAUCCUCUCUUUAACAGGAAAAGGGGAAAACAAAAAUCCUCUUAUUAUUCUCUCUCUUUCCCUUCUUGUGUCUGUUUUUUUUUCGUUGGAUAAAAAUUACUUUUUUUUUUUCUCAAAGGAUUUUAUUUUGUCUUUUUAGUUUUUUGGUUCAAAAGAUGAAAUCGCUCACUCCGGGUGCCCCACAUCCGACCCGAUAGGACGUAGGGGAGGUUAAUUAUGGUGACCCAAUCGGACGUAGUGGCUAGACUCGGACUCACCGCGCAUAAAGAGCCCCCUCACUUUGGAGAGAGGUAUCCCACACUGUCGCUUGCGAGACUCGAUUCUUGAUCUUGAUCUAAAAUUCACCACAAAAGACACUUUGUGUCCCCUUCUUGAUCAACUGGGCUGUCCAUGGGGGCUAUCUUUUUAGUUUCUUGUAUCGUAUGAAAGGUUGUUGUAACUGUUAAAUACUAAUUUAUUUCAUUACAGUGCAA